GAGGGGGACGGGGGCGGGGCCGAGGCGUCCCGGCGGCGUCCGCCCAGCGCUCGCUCACUAGUGCGCCGUUCGGUCCCGGCGAGCCAACCUCUUUCGCAGCUCUUCUGGCGGCCCGGCCGGAGUCUGAGGCACGAUGGGCUCGCGGGGCGGGGCGCGAGCGCUGGAGUACCUGCUGGGCCUCUACUUCGUGAUGCACAUCCCCAUCACGCUGCUCUUCGACAUGCAGGCGUUACUGUCGGCUAACUUGUUCCCGACCGAGGUGACAGACAUGCUCAAGUGGUAUGUGCAGGCAUUUAAAGACCCUCUGAUGCUGAACCCUCCAAGCUGGUUCAAGUCCUUUCUUUUUUGUGAGCUUGUGUUCCAGCUGCCUCUCUUUCCCUUUGCAGCGUAUGCCUUCUUCAAAGGAAGUUGCAAGUGGAUCCGCAUCCCUGCGAUUAUCUACUCAGUUCAUACAAUGACAACAUUAAUUCCAAUUAGCGCCCACAUCCUGUUUGAGAGUUUCACCCAAGGACCUAGGACACUCCAAGAACGCCUCAGCCUUCUAUCCAUCUAUGCUCCAUACUUCUUCAUUCCACUCAUACUCCUGUUUUUUAUGCUUUGGAGUCCUUACUACAGCAGCGACGAGAAAAAGAAAAGGAAAACAAGGUAAAGAAGAGCUGGCCAGGGAGAGAGAGCUCCUUGUGUGUGCUCAGUUUCCCCAGGCCCCCCUUGAAACACAUCAGCAGCAACCUCCCAGAACAAGGCUGCAGGUGGGAGAAGCCAUUUGCCAGGGGAAUUGGGAAUGACUGAUCCCCUGAAGAUGGCAGGGGGAGCU